GUUGAAGGACUAAAUGGCCCAGCGUGUAUUAACGUGGUAAUGAUGAAAGUUAAAGUUAAAUUUAUAGCGAUUUUAGGUGUUUAAAUUUCUGCCCAGACACCCAAAGCAUGGCAUCACGGAGCUAUGGAGCCUGCGCUCUCUGUCAGAGGGUGGCAGCGGUGAAGAUAGUGUUCAGGGGAAUGAGUGCUGCUGCUCACCUACAGCCCAAAGAGGACUUUUUAAAUGGAACACCACACAAGAAGCACCCAGGUGUGACAAACCUGAAGACUCUGCGACUUCCUGAGGAGCUCCAAGUGGCUGCACAGUCGAUUAUUCACAGAGCUCAAGUAAUGAAGCUUCCCGAACGUGCUCAGAAACUCACAAACUUCCUGUGGAGCCGCAAGCGAGCAGUCGAGGAUUUCACGUUGAGGCAGCAGGCUGUGAGCCUGGAGAAGGAGCUCUGGGGAAAAGCCAUGCAGAAGAUAGAAGUUUCAGAUAUUGACGAGGAAGCGCUGGAGCAUCGUAUCAGGAAGAGGGUUUUCUCAGAGCUCAGGAGGACAACAUAUCGCUGGACGCCUAUGAAGUAUGAUGAGGAGCUGGGUGUGGUGUACAUGGCAGCUCGCCUUGCUGGAGGCUACGCAGCAGUCCGAAGAGCUCUGAAUGAGAUCAAGAAGAGAGACUCUGCAUUUGCCCCUCAGACCCUCCUGGAUUUUGGUUCAGGCCUCGGGACCGUCGCCUGGGCAUCACACUCGUGCUGGGGCGACUCCUUGAAGGAGUUGGUGUGUGUGGACAGCUCUGGGCCGAUGAACGUUUUGGCAGAGCGACUUCUGAAAGGUGAUGACGAAAGAGGGGAACCUCACAUCAAACAAGUGUAUUUCAGACAGUUUCUUCCUGUCUCUCCUAAGACGCAGUUUGACUUGGUGGUCUCAGCGUUCACCUUGUCGGAAAUCUCCAACGUAAAAGAUCGAGAGGAUGCAGUGGUGACGCUGUGGAGAAAGACCAGCUCCUACCUGGUGUUGGUGGAAAAUGGCACCAAAGAAGGCCACCAGAUGCUCAUGGAGGCCAGAGAAACUUUACUGAAGAAACAAGAGAAGAUAGUCCACGACCCCAGACCAGCGUUCAUGUUCGCUCCGUGUCCUCAUGAAAUGAUAUGUCCUAAACUGGCUCAGGGGCCCAUCACACCCUGCAACUUCCACCAGCAGUACCAUCCGCUGCCUCUGCCCCAGCACAAUGGUUGUCAAAUAGAGAAGUUCAGCUAUUUAAUUUUGAGUCGAACAGGAGGAGGGAAACCAGAAACGGAAGGUGUAACGUGGGCCAGGCUCAUCGCACCGGUGCUGCGCAGGACGAGACACGUCCACUGCCGGAUGUGUUGCCCCGAUGGACAGCUGCAGCACAUGGUGGUGACGGCGCGGAAGCACAGCAGAGAUAUGUACCGUUGUGCUCGGAGCAGUGACUGGGGAGAUCAGCUGCCGAUGGUUCAGAAAGCCGAGGAGGACGUCGACAGUGAGUCGGAGUGACGGCUCUGCCUGGAACAAUCUUUAAACUUUCUAAACAAUGGAGGACACGUGACAUGUCAGAUUCACUCAAAAAACACAUGAGUUUUAAUUUGUAGUGCUUAAGUACAACUAAUGUGUUGUCAUGACUGUACUUUACUCAUCUUUAAUUUGUACCUUCUAGGAAGCUUUGUUCUUUUUAUAAUCAUGAUGUGCUUUGAACUUAAUUGCAGCCUUUAUAAAGGGGGAUAAUAAAGUUUGUUCAAGCGCAUUUCAGUGCUUCCGAUGAACAUUUGUUGGUUUAACAUACUAAAGGAUUUAACUAGGAACAGUCAAAAUCAUUUUUUAGACCUUCUUUUCUUCUUCCCAGUGAGCUGAAAUCACUUCAUGCCCCGUAUAUUUUGCGGUGGGUUUUACAUCCGUUGCCACUCUUGAAAGAACCCUCCUCUUUUAUGUGGGAUUGGCACCACCACAUUGAGGACACUUGUGAGUCCUUUGUGGCUGCAAUUUUUAAUUUGUGGAAAAAUGAGUCCAAAAAUGUUAGACAUGUUAUUAUACAAGUUAUUUUUUUCAAACUUGCAAUAAUGAUUUUAAGCUUGUGGUUGGAGAAAAUAAGUCUGUUCGUGAUAUUUGGCCUUAAAAAACUAGAGGGCUUUUUUUCACUUUUGUUGUGUGAGAUAAUCAACUUGGAAAAAUUGUUUUUAGACGUUAUUCUGCCUGCCGAUCACAUCUGAGAUGAAUCACCAUUGUCCACUCAGCUGUCACUUAAGUAUGAAUCAGGAAGAAAGUGCUGCUUAAAAUAACAAACCAGAUUUGAGUUUAAGAAAAA